UGGCACUUUCCCAAGAUGAUGGGAUCUGUCAAACUUAUCAAAUCCUACAGAAAUCAAUUGGCGUAAAACGGGAACUACAGCACAGUGCAAAGCCAGUGGACUGGAGGACAUUCAUAGUGACAAUAAAUUUCCGGUGUAAAUCACUACGACUACGACGUUGACACAUGUUUUCAGGACGAGUGGCAGAACAGACAAGGGGUUAUCUACCCACCGAGGAUACCCCACGGUAAGCUGAAGUGUUGGGAUGUGAGACAGUCGUAGCGCAUACACCUGCAGAUCACUCCACUCACCCAUCACGUUUUUUUGGAUUGAUAAAAACCAUCUAUAGCAAAUAACACAGCCUAAGGUGAGCCUAUUCAACCAAGAUUAUUUUGCAUUCAAUGCUUUACCAGUGUUCGUCGCCGUUUUGUUUAACUUGACGAUAAACCCGAACGGAUACUGGUACAUGCACGGCGCCAAUCAUGCAUACCAGGAUAGCGGUUGCAGCCAAACCGACAAAUCCAACCCCUAUAGAGCCACACCAGAACUGGGGUAUCUUACGAUGGUUCCAAGAGUAAUCGCUUUCAUAGUUAUGAAAAGUCUCUGCCGAUCCCCCACGGUCCUAGUGCAUCAACUUGGAAUGGCCCGUGGGUUACCCUGCUCCCCACCCUGUAACGGAAACGCCUUACAUCAGCACAUGAAAUUUGCACGUGACCAGACUCUCCUGCACGCGACUAGAGUUUCCUUUAACCAGGGAGAACGGACCGCAACUUGCUAUUUGGGUUAACUUUGACACUCCUGUUAAUUAUCACGAUUGGCCAUUGAUCAUUGACC